AUGAAGGCAAAAACCAGCGAAUGGAAGUCGCAUUGGAUUCGCGGUGGAAAAAUACCCCACGUGGCUUGGAUUGGAAAGGAUGUUCUAGCGUGGUGUUCAGGCGUGCACAUAAUCUUCUAUGAUGUUGUACAGAAAACAGAAAAAGUGCAGAGUUACGUGAAACACUCGCAGGGCGAAGGUGCAUGCUGUCUUUCCGGUCACCCGACGCUACCCUUGUUUGCCUUUGCUGAGAAGGUGAGCAAUCCACGCGUCCUGGUGUAUAAUUAUCCCAGCAUGAAACGAAUAUCCGAAUGCUUAAAAGGUGGUCCGAGCGGCUACCUAGCGACAGCGUUCAUGGAACACGAGCAUCUAAUCACUCUUGCUUCGUAUCCGCAUUUCCAACUGGCGGUUUGGUCAUGGAGAACUGGAGAGCGGUUUACGACUAUGGCAACCCACAUUAAGGACAUAGACAGGCAGAUGAUAGCGACGACUUACAGCGGGCACACUAUGAUUGCCCAGCUCGGCAAGGAGUCUGGCAAGCUGACCGUCUGGCAGAUGAGAAUAUGCGGGAAAAUCGUCAGCCUUAAAUUCAAGGACGUAAAAUUGCCACACGGAGAGCGUAUCAAUGCGGCAACGUGGAGUCCAGAACCAGGACCUCCGACUCUAGGAAUUCUUGACGAAAGCUGCCACAUGUAUGUGCUGCAGCACGACACAACCGUCCCAACAAAAAUUGCACAGACGCAGAGAUGUUCCGAGUGCGUAGAUAUCGAGGCAUCCGAUAUCUGCUGGUAUCGCGGUGGUCUUGUCCUCAAAACGACGUUUUGCCAGAUACGAUACUAUAAGAAAACGACGGAAAGUAAUCACUGGUAUAGAAUAUGGAUGGUAAAACUUCAGACCCAUCCGUACUUACUGACAUCACAUCCGUUUAAAACUGACCGUUUGUUUUUUCACACUCUUGAGGGUGAUCUAAUCCAGCUUGAAGUACCUGACGAACCUGACACCGCAACUCCUGGUAUGGUCACACACCUCCAGCGUGGUGGCUUUUAUCGCUUUUUCAACUGGAUUUAUCCUUGGGGCCACCAUCUUACCGCCGUCGACAAUGACACGGACCUCGGCGUUCUGGAAACUCACACGGGAAAGGAGAUCUGCAGAAUCAAUUUGGAGAUGUCCGGAUCUGUAUCACGUCUUACUUCAAGAAGAGAUUUGCCUUUAGUCGCGUUGACCAGCAAUACUGGAGAAUUUACGUUAGUCGGUAUCUGUGAGCCCAAACAGCCGUUGAUUCUUGCGCAAUACCAUCUCCAUCGGGAAGAUCUGAACCUACUGAAAUUCUCCUAUUCCGGGAAUUAUAUUGCAGCAGGAUUCUCACUAACAGGCACCUGCUUUUGCAUCGCGAGUAAGGUUGGUUCGCAGUUUGAGGUCAUGGCUCGCCUCGAGGUCAACCGUCAAAUAUCGGAUGUUCUGCUCUAUGAUAAUAUGGGGCACCUGAGGCUUUUUGUGUUGUGCGUUACAUCGAGGCACGCAGUCAUCAGCAAUCAGAUUCUCCUAUACGAUCUCCCUAAUGGUCAGACUCAUUUCUCGGCUGCUAGCUGCAUCAUAGAGCUACGAGACAGUUUCCAAAAUCUGCAGUACAGUCCGGUCAGUGUUUACCAAGUACUUGGCUCACCGUAUCUUACGAGGCAGCUGCAAGUCCUUGGGUUUCGGGGUUGGCAAGAGGUCACUCUUCUGGAGGCGACACCCUCAGACCACCAGGUACGUCAAACAAAAAUUUUCAGUGAUAGUCGGUGGAUAACAACGUGUUCGCGUGAUGGAAUUGUUGUGGUCAGAAAAGGAGACAAACUGAGAACACGUGUGGCGUUUAUAAUGUCGCAUCAUCGCCAAAACCUGGGUGUCGUCAAAGGAAUCAUGAAACCCUCCGGCGACGUGAUCAUAUCGCUUGGACACGAUGGUUCUUUGGUGUGCACCAAAUUGUUUGAGGACAGCGAACCGGAAGAUUCCGGCACGGAUGAUCGGAGUUUCACUGAAUUAAGAGGGGUUAUUGCAAAGGAGUCCGAGUGGCGGACAUACGUUUCUAAAGAUGAUUACGCAACGCUGGAUCCAGGCGUUGUGAAGAUGCUUACUCAGGCUCGGGUACAUUUCGCCCCCGCGUCUGAGUGCAAGGAUCAAACUUGGAUAGAAUGGAAACGGUCGCUAAAGAUUGCUGCAGAGACAAAGGAACACGCGGCAACCAGGGCUUCGAUUCAAAGUUCCAUCGCCGCUCUCAAGGCAACGGUUGCCCACCUGAUUAAUGUCAACGAAGCUUGCGCAGAGAUCGAACAACUACCAAUAUCUGCAUUUGACUUGGACAAGGUAAGUCGUGAUCAGAAGCUAAAAGCGGCUCGGGACGAACGAGAGGAUGUUCGCUGCAUGCUGGAAUGGAAUUGUGCGGGAAUGGAUCGUGUCGCUGAUUGGAUAAAGGAGUCAUUUUGGGAAAAGCAACAGGUCCAAGCGCAAUCAAUUUAUUCGAUUUUUGGUAGGUUCAAGGUACUUAAUUAUCCCACCGUUCCAACUGAUCGGGAGGAUGCUAUUUUGCUCAACUGGGCACGGUUCUCCAAGCAGUUUACAAACAGCGUGGUUGAUUUUAGUACAAACUUUUACCCAUGGAUAGCACCAUUCAACAAAGUACAGGACAUCAUGGCACAGUCAACUAUGAAACUUGAACAGAGUUUGUCGGUAGUCGAUGAGAAACAACGGAUGGAUGGAAUACUUGAGGAGGAUGAAGAAGAUGCGGUAGUCGACGAGGUAGAACUGUUGAACCAGAGGAUGUUGGAGGGUAUGACAACUUACAGGUUCAUUGAACCCUCGGAGCAUUAUUAUUCUCAAUUUGAAUUAUAUAGUUAUGCUCAAAUGAUGACAGAGAGUCAGAUGGUGAGCCAUGAUGUGCAGCGCUUACGAGCUUACUUUAAUAAGCUUUUUAACGAUGUCUACGCCAUCAAGGAACGCGAGAUGAAUCUUGUUAUGGAAAGAAAUGACCGCAUACGACACAUCGAUUCUGAAUUGUACCUUCUUUUUAACCAAAGGGUUCCCGAAGUCCCACAAGAUCCUGUUUGGGAUCAAACGGAAACACCUGAGAGUCUGGUCAAGGUGGUCGAUUCGGAGGUUGAGGUGGCACCAUACAUUUCACCCUCCGCCCAAGACAUACUGAAUAAGCAGGCUACAGAAGCAAAUCGUUUAAGGCUGCUGCUACUUGCCGAUGACUUUCGAGAGCGGGCAUUGACGGCUAUGAUGGAUGGAGUCCUCGAGGUCCGCUGGGAAGAUCUGAUCAAAAAGGAUAUACUCAAGCCGCAGUGCAUGUUGACUAAGACAACGGAUGCAUACAGCGCUGAAGAUGUAUUGGCUGUGCAGCAAUAUGAGAAGGAAGUCGAGACUCUGUCGCAAGAGCGAGAAAAGUAUAAGAGAAUCCUCGAAGCUGAUUACUCGAAGGUCAGCGGAUCCCUGGAGGAUGGUAUCAAGCGGUUUGAACAACGCCUGCGAGAGUUUUUCGUGACUAGAAUUCGCGUCGAAUCGGCUAUUCAACAGUUGGGACUUCGAUUCUGGCGUGGCUGCUACCGAAACAUGCGUCGACAACAAAUGUACGAGAGUGAAGAGAGACUCAAGCUCACGAUCAGCCAGAAGGAAGCGGAGAUCGUAAGCUUGAGCGAGGAGGUCCGGAGACAACAGUCCGCCAUAGCAGAUCUCAAAGGACAUUACGACACUGCUUGUAACCGUGAAAAGUGGCAAGAGAAGAAGUUUAAAACCGAAUUCCCUGGACUGGCCAAGGUCGGCCACGAUCUUUUAAAGCGGCAUUACAAACGUCGUCCGCGAUCAAUACAGAAGGCCAUUCCUUCGACGUAUCUCAAAGAAAUGGGUAAGGCUGUCUUAAGUGUGGCCAAGCCCUUUUUCCUUAUGGGAGAAUGUUUGGAUUACCUCAAGGCCUUGGAUGCGCUCGAUGUUCGUCCUGCGUCGUUGCCACCGUUCAUCGAUCCAAUGCACUGGGACCAUUUAGUACGUCUUCGCCGCCUCAAGGUGGAUAGCGAGAUGCGCGUGAAGUCUGCCUUGGCGGAUAUUGCCGAAGCAGAACACACCGUGGUCGAGUUUAACAAGCUGAUUGCAAAUCUCAAGACGGAAAUAGAAAUGCUUGGUGAGAAGCUGAACGCCGAACGUCUGGCUAGAGUGAAUUUUGACCAGGAUGUCGAGGUACAGUUCGUUCUGAAAAUGGGUCAGAUCGAAGUCGCCCUGAACAGUGACGCAUCUACUGCGACGGCUAUUCUUAUACCACGAUCGGUAAUCGAGGAAGUUAACGUUGUCAUCAGUAUCGCCGGAACCGCGAAGCUCAACGCGAUGAAGAAGACGAUAAACUUUGGGAGGGGGAUUAAUUUCAAGGAGUGGGAUCACAAAACGCGCAAAAUGCGGAUUGAGGACCUUCGCGAGGAGCUGUACUGCGUGGAACGGAUAACUGUUACUAAAGAGGUUCAAGAGUAUUUGAAGCGAAAGGCGAAGGGCUUCAAGGAAGACAGAACGCAGCAACAGUUAGAAAGAGAGCUAGAGCUGCUGCGAAGGAACUGGGAGAAGCAGCUCAUGGACUGGGUCUACAAAUUGGCGGCUAUCGGGGCGAAAAUUACGGCAAUUAAAAAGAAAAACUCUCUCCUCGAUAAGAGGAUCGGUACGAUGAACGUUGUGCGGUGUGAAAUGGAGCUCCAGAGAGACGUUGACGUUGAGUCCAAGGCACUCGCAUAUCGUAAAAAUAAAAUGGACGUCCUCGCUGAGCGUUCUCGUCUCGUGCGAAAACUGCAGGACAAUUACUCAGAAUUGUUGGUCUUGCAAACAGAAUACGAACUUUUACGACUACGUCGCUUUCCAGCUUUCAAAUUCUUCAAAACCCUGGACGAUGAUCUCGCCAAGUGA